AUGACCGAUAGUGCCCUCGAGACUGGGCAUGCAGCAUGUUUCGGCCACUUGGCGUAUUACUAUUCAACAACAACCUACGGACAUCCAGAGAGUCUCUUUCUCAAGGCCCCAGGCUCCUUGGGGGCUGCGAUUAUCCUCUCUGCCUUCAUCGUAUUCUGCGUCCAGUCGUUCUUUACCUUCCGGAUAUACAUUCUCUCAACGAGCAAGCCCCUUGCGCUAUUAUUCGCCGUACUCACCGUAGUCUGGUUCGUCAUCAGUGCGGCAAUCGGAGUGGGUGCCGCGUUGGAGCCAAGCAUCCCUAUUUAUAAGGUCAAGUGGGGAAAUGUCGCCCUUGCCUCCUUGGGCGGCAGUGCUGCAACCGACCUGCUCAUUGCGCUGACCUUGGUUUGGCUGCUUAGUCGUGAGCGCUCAGGAUACAAGAGAACGCACGAUCUUGUUGCGCAUCUCAUCAAAUGGACCAUUGGUGUGAAUCCCACUCAUCUGUUGGUCUUGUCGCUAACUCUUGGUCUAGAGACUGGCUUGUUGACAAGUUUCUCCAGCCUGUUGACAGCGAUCUUGUAUGGGACGAUGACAACAAAUUUGAUCUGGCUUGCCUUGUUUGCCAUCAAGGCUCGACUCUUUGCCAAUUCAUGUUUUGCAAGUCUCAAUGCUCGAGUCUUCCUCCGCACCCAGGCCGCAUUGCCGAUGUCCAUCCAGGGAAUCUCUGUAGCCGUAUCAGAGAUUGUGAUAUCCUCUCAACAUAGUAGCAAACCUCACGACUCCGAGCAAGCAACGCAGAACUCAAAAGCUAUUGCAUGUUAA